AUGAACUCCCUUUACAACCAUGGGUUGAAACAGACCCAGCAACUCACCAAGGACCUUGCCACGUUCGAGCUGAACUUGCUGACACUGCCACUCCUGCUCCAAGGUCUGAUCUCGACCACCCUCAUCUCGUUUCGCAAAACCAUUAAGGAGUACACCGACUUGGUAAACAACCACAGCGAUGCUGCUGCUCAAGAAAAGCAUCGGGCUCGAUUAGUCAAGUUCAAUCAGGAAUUACAAGAGUAUACCGACAAGUUUGAUCUGCUUCGAAGCCAGCGAGAAGAGCAGAUCCAUGAGUCGAGCAAGCAAGAGCUUUUCGGUCGCCGACAGGCGAGUGAUAACCCCUAUGAGCCCACCGAUCUGGCGCUGGCAUUCCAACAACAACAACAGCAACAGCAACAACAAAUGAGCUACCAGGAAGGGUUAUAUAACGAGCGGAACCUGUUAUCUCGGGGAAACCAACAGCUUGAUCACAUAUUAGAGAUGGGCCAACAGGCAUUGGAGGACAUUGUUGGCCAGAAUGAAACGUUACAGAAAUUGCAGCAAAAGUUCGAGGACGGGUUAGUGACGUUGGGGGUGUCUCAGGGCACUAUUCGGACCAUCGAACGACGCGCUCGCCAGGACAAGUGGUUAUUUUGGGGGUGUGUGGUGUUGAUGGUGAUUCUUUUCUACUACUUGAUCAAGUGGUUUGCCUAG